CCUCCCUCCGCCGCAACGGCUAGCCAGCGGUCGAAGCCAUAAACCGGAAGCCCAACGCUCCUCCCUCAGAGCCAUUGGUUUUCAAAUUUAAUUCCCAUUAAUGCAUUGAGAGACAGAACAGAGGAAAGACUGUUUUCCUUCUUCUUUUGAUUGAUGGGAAUUGGGCCAUAUCUAAGAGGAGCAAGAACCCAUGAAGGGUUGCCCAUAUCCGAAGGGCUAUCACAUUCUUCAUCAUCUUCCAACAACAAUAAAUGAUUAACUUUGAUGCCUUUACUACUCGCCCUUCUCGUCAUUGCUGAAAUCGGUUUUGUGGGUCGUUUCGAUUCGUUGCCUGCGAUGUUCCGUGAAUCGCGCUCUUCUGGUCGAUUAAAGGUUGCUGGUGCUCGAAAUUCUUGGAUUCGAGCUUUGGGUGGUCAUCGUAACUUGACCUGUGAAGAGUGGCUUGAGAGAGAAGAUGUCGUGGUUUAUUCAAGGGAUUUUAGUGACGAUCCCGUAUUGGUUUAUUGUCAGAAACCGGAGUUGAAACGGCCUUGUGCAGUGGGUUGUAAGAUGGGACCCCAUCCGAGCAAGAAACCUAAUGCUAUCAUCAGUCAGCACCCAAAAGCUGAAGCACCUAGUGUGCUGCUCUCUAUGGAAUCGUCGGCCUACUAUUCCGAAAUUAAUAUUGCUCGGGCACGACGGUGGGUAAUCACAAUCUAUAUUGACUUGCUUGUGUUUGAAACGAUUGUGGGACUUUUGCCGAUGUUCCAUUAACUACUUGUUU